UGCAAAGUACGUAGACACACACGGCGUAUACGCCGUGUGCGAUCAGCUACGCAGUUGCAGGUGACGUGUUCCCUUUCUGUAUUUCCCUCGCGUCCAUUUAUUAUUCUUUACUAGUCGGGAAAUAGUCGCUAAAUCUCAGUCACAUGCAGAAGAUGCCAGGAGAGAAAGAGAUGUUGUCUUUAAUAAAAAAGCUGACCCACUGCGAUGACGCAGUGUCUAUGACGUUGCGCUGCUUAGCAGGAGGUCGCGGGUUCGAUCCCCGGAUAGCAAUCCGAUCGGUCAGAAUACUUCCAGAGGCUUACAUUAUGAGCUCCCUCAUAACCUACUGUGCAUUUUCUGGACGUUAAAUCCAACAAUUAUACCUUUUUUUUUAGAAAAAGAAUACUGUACAUUUCUGCCUGGCUGACAAACUGGCAUGAUGUUGGGUGAAAAGCAUGAUGCACGCAAUAAUCAAAAACGCACAGCUAGGCACUCAGAGGGCACACACACACGGGCACAUACGCACAGUAAAAUUUUUUGCGAGAUCUCUAAGUCCUCCAUAGUUUUCAAAAUGCUAGAAACUCUUUUGUUGCGUGGGUAUCCAAGAGUCACCACUUCAGCAGAUUUGCCAUGAGCGAACGUUUCGUCGGACCAGAUGUCGGAAAAACAUCCUUUUAAAGUGUUUUUCUUCCCUGUAACGUCCUCUAGCGCACGCGCAGUUCUUUAUGUUGCUUUCAGCAAUCACCGGCUGAAAAUACUUUGAUCGCCAAAGAUUUCGCGUAACGUAGACGUAAUCCAAAGCAUCUUGGUUUUAUUCGGACGCCGGCGUUCAAGGAUGCCACCUCCACCGAUCGAUACGAGGUGGGCCGGCGUGCCUGAACGUCGAACACGCGACCUUGUGCAGAGCCGCGUAGCGCCUUCGCCACCAAGCCAUCGCUGCGGGUGGCACAUGCAAAGCGAACGAAGGGUGCAUGUGCAUGAUGUACACAAUCGCAUCCUUUCCUUAAACUCGCAUUAGAGGGCGCAACCUGUGAUCCCCACGGUUCAAAGCAACGCUGCCGCAGCAGCUGCACACAAAGAGAGAGAGGCACAACGGCUAAUCUGCAUGUCGCGUCGGAGUGCCGUCGCGUCUGCGCCCAGGCAAAAAAAAAAAAAAAAACAAGCUUCCGCGUGCGAACGGCUCGUCGCCGUUCGCGUGCAUACAUCGCGCGCCGCCGCGAGUCUAGAGCCCCCCAUCCGUCACGCCGGGACUCCUCUGCGAGCCUCGCACGGGCCCGAGGGUCAAACAUUGUGUGAGGUCGAAUCCGUUAUCCCCGCUAUUAGUGUUGGCUGGCUAGACUCGUUCGUCCUCUUCAGUCGAAUACGCGCACCAGGAUGUUGACCCUUUUUACCGCGGUCGCGGGUACGAAUGCGGCUCUCCCAGCAGCCUCGCGAGCCAGCAGACAUGACCUCUCUUGCGCGAGCACAUGUGUACGGCGCGCCGCGAGGGGACGGCGAUGCAGCGAGGAAGCUGACACUCGACUCGAACAAGGACAAAACAAUGGGCGAGGAAAUGAUGGAACAAGGGCGCGUCUGGCCGAGACAAACAGGCUUGGCGCUGCACAGAGCCGGAAGACUGCUGCGAGCGGCUGCCGGUUGGCCGCGCGCGCGGCAGCUGCGCGCAGAGACCACAGGGGCACUCGUAUCCCACCACCUUUUGGCUCCGUUGUCGCGUUUUCUUGCUUCUGUGGGAAUAAAGUCGGCCACCGAAGAAGACAAACAGGCGACACGCUGCGCGUACGGACUAUGGUGAAACACGACGCCCACUUGCGUAUACUGCGUAUACACCUGCUUCUAAGUGUGACCUCCUUGUCUGAAGACUCACGCCGAGCAUCCGUGCGGUUGGCCUGUGUACCGAACGAAUCGCGCGUGAGCUUAAAGACUUAAGGGUCAAGCUAUACUUCCACGAGUCGACGUGGGAGCUUCGAAUCCUGUCGACUGCGCCAAAAUCCCGAGGGGGGCGCCCAUUGGCCGAUCCAUGACGGGCCGCAGCGGUGGCGUGCUGCGUGCGCAUGCGCGGAGGGAGGCGGUGCCACCUGGCGGAGGGCACCAGCACCAGCCGGCGGCGGCGGCAGCGGCGCACCAGGCUCGAGAGCAGCAGUCGCGGCACGGUCGCAAACUGAGCAACAUGGACUACUACGGCGCCGUGGCGCUCGUCUCCGGAUGGGCCUGUCUCCUUUACUGGAACACGCUGGACGCGGACUUCGCCUACGAUGACAGCCGCGCCAUCCGGAGCAACCAGGACCUGCUGCCGAGCUCCCCGCUGGCGUCGCUCUUCCGCAACGACUUCUGGGGCACGCCGCUCACGCACAGCGGCAGCCACAAGUCGUACCGGCCGCUGUGCGUGCUCUCGUUCCGGCUCAACUACCUGCUCGGGGGAUACGAGCCGCGCGGCUACCACCUGCUCAACGUGCUGCUGCACGGCCUCGUCUCGGCGCUGUUCACGGCGCUGGCGGCGCGGCUGUUCCUCAACCAGUGGCUGCCCACGCUGGUGGCCGGCUUCCUGUUCGCCUCGCACCCCGUGCACACCGAGGCCGUGGCCGGCAUCGUGGGGCGCGCCGACGUGGGCGCGUGCCUCUUCUUCCUGGGCUCGCUGCUGGCCUACGUGCAGUACUGCAAGUACCGCGACAAGGAGCUGCGCGCCGAGCGCCGCUGGGCGCCGCUGUACGCGUCGCUGGCGCUGGCCGGGUGCUCCAUGCUCACCAAGGAGCACGGCAUCACGGUGCUGGCCGUGUGCGCCGUGUACGACGUGUUCGUCAACCACAAGGUGGCCCCGAGGGACCUGCCCUCGCUGCUCGUCAGCAAGCGGCACCCGGGCCUGUGGGAGGGCCUGCUGCACCUGUGCUUCGCGGGCGUCACGCUGAUCGGCCUCCGGCUGCACCUGAUGGGCGCCCGGGCGCCGGACUUCGCGCCGGCCGACAACCCGGCCGCCGACAGCGACAGCCUGCUCACGCGCACCCUCACCUUCCUCUACCUGCCGGCGUUCAACUUCUGGCUCCUGCUGUGCCCGCGCUGGCUCAGCUUCGACUGGUCCAUGGAGGCCAUCCCGCUGGUGCAGAGCCUGGCCGACGCGCGCAACCUGCUGAGCGCCGCCUUCUACGGCGGCCUCUUCCACCUGGUCGCGCUGCUCGUGCGGCUGGCCAACUGGCGCCGCGGCGCGCCCCCCUGCCACUGCAGUGCCUUCCAGCCCAAGCCGGCCUCGCUGCUGGCGCUCUCCUCCGGCGGCAAGUCGUCGUACGGCAAGCGCUUCUCCAACAACAACAACUGCAACAGCUACAGCAACGGCGGCGGCAACGGCCUGGUCUCCUCCUGGAGCUGCGGCAGCUGCUCGUCGGCCUCGUCCUCCUCGUCCGAGUGCUCCGAGUCCACGAACGGCGGCGGGGGCGGCCCCGCGGUGGCCAGCGCCCUGUCGAACCAGCAGCUGGACGCCACUGUGCUCGCGCUGGCCCUCGUGGUGCUGCCGUUCGUGCCGGCGACGAACUUGUUCUUCUACGUGGGGUUCGUGGUCGCCGAGCGCGUGUUGUACGUGCCCUCGAUGGGCUACUGCCUGCUGGUCGCCGUGGGCGCCGACCAGCUGUGCGGGUUCGCCCGGCGCGCGGCGCGCCACGGACACGGCGGCCACGGCGGUGGCGAGACGCUGCGCAAGCUGGUGCUCGCCGCGCUCGUGGCGCUCGUGCUCGUGCUCUCGCUCAGGACGGUGCGCAGGAACAGGGACUGGCUCACCGAGGAGGACCUCUACCGGUCGGGCAUCCACAUCAACCCGCCAAAGUCUUACGGCAACUUAGCGAACAUCCUCAGCGCGCAUGGCAAGAAGGCCGAGGCCGAGUGGGCCUACAAAAAGGCGCUCACCUAUCGCUCCAACAUGGCCGACGUCCACUACAACCUGGGAAUUCUCCUGCAAGAGCAGAACCGGUUGGAGGAAGCCCUUCAGAGCUACAAACUUGCGAUCCAGUUCAGGCCGAGGCUUGCAAUGGCGCACCUCAACAUGGGCCUCGUACUUGGCAUCAUGGGCAGGAAAGAGGAAGCCAUCGAAGUGUACCGGCACUGUGCCCAGCUUGACAGCGCGGGCCUCAAGGACCCCAAGACCCACGAGAGCACCAAGAUCUCGGCCCUCUUCAACCUUGGUAGGCUCUACGCCGACGAAGGCAAAUACAAGGAGGCGAUCAGAGUUUACCAAGAAGCAGUUGCCAAGAUGCCGGAUCACUAUCAGCCGCAGUCUCUCUACAACAUGAUGGGUGAGGCAUACUUCAAGCUCGGGGACUUUGCCGAAGCGGAGCGAUGGUACAAAGAAGCGCUCAAAGCGAAGCACGACCACAUCCCAGCGCACCUGACCUACGCCAAGCUCCUGUCUAAACUGAACAGGCCGACCGAAGCGGAGCAGUGGUUCCUUCGUGCGAAAGGAUUAGCCCCGAACGACUCCAGUGUGUAUCAGCAUUAUGGUCAGUUCCUGUCCGAGUCUGACCGGCACAUGGAAGCCGCCGAACUUUACCUUCGAGCCGCUGCGCUCGCUCCCGAUGAGUACGAGAUCAUCUUCAACGCCGCCAACACGCUGAGGCAAGCGGGAAGGAAUGCUGAAGCCGAGGCCUUCUACUACACUGCAGUGAAGUUGCGACCCGGUGAGGUCACGAGUCACAUGAACCUCGGCGCCAUGUUGCACGUCAACGGAAAGCUGCUCGAGGCCGAGUCAAGCUACCUCGAGGCGCUACGGUUGAAGCCAGACGACCCUAUAACGCAAAACAACCUGCAGAAGCUUCGGAACUUGCUCGCCCAGAAAGGGCUUCGGGCCGCCACCACCAUAGUCAGCAACCGACGGUAGCGGCGUCGUUGUCCGCGGAGAUCUUCAAGUAACACAGCGCGAGGUACCGCCGGAACCGGAAACACCUCAGCAGCGCAUUGCGCGCAGAAGGCGCGACGACGUCGACGACGCUGGAGCUGCGCGGCCGGCACAGCCUGCGGCAGCCGCACAUCCUAGCCGCUGCUUGCUCGUCUGCGGAUUUCGCCUGCCAAGUUUCGUCGUGGCCUCCGAGAUUCGGCGGCGCUUGCUGACUAAGGAGGUUGCUUGGGGCUGACCCCUCGCCGCCCGAUAUCGGAGGCCAUGCUUUCGUCUGCGAACUUCGCUUCGCCGCCAGGAGUCGCCUGCGAAGUGCCGGCAGCUGCACGGCGCCUCUAUAGCGUGACGUCACCGGCGCCGAUCCCAGACGUGUUUUGUUUCACACUCGCUUGUACUUUUGUUGUUGUCGUGUCGCUUCGGGUUUGUCCCCGGAAAGCGACAGAGAAAACACUUGUGUCCUACUAGACUGAUCGCAAACUGACUAUCGCCGUUGAGUGACCGCACAGAGCCUAGUCAGUCCUCUCCCCGACUCCCUUUUCCCAACUUUUUAUUUAUAACGCUUUUUUUUUACGCGUUUCGUCUGGCAAGCCCAUAGCAGCUCUGGAAGCGAGUGACGACUUUUGUGCCGCAGUUAUUACUGCAGAGUGAGCCUCUGGAAACGGAACUUUAGUCCCUCGUUGGCUUUUCUUUUCUUCUUGUCGGAAUGUCAAGGGGGGGAAAACGGAAGUGCAGUGAACACGUUACUUAGUCACAAGUGUGUCUGGCCGGACUCGAUGCAGUAUGAAUCAUUUGAGUUUCUUCUGGUUUUCUUUUCGCCCGUAUCUGUGUGUAUAUAACGGGUUUAUUGUCGCGUUUCUAUCUCUCUCCCGAAAUGUCUGCUGCUGCACUUCGUCGAUUAUGUUAUUCCUACGAGAAGCAACAGGUCUAGUCAAAGUGCCGACGCUCCGCUGUGGCUUGUCCGCUGUAAAUUACAUCGCUCGCUUGAACGGAUGUUCCUUUCCUUUGUUUGUACACGCCCUGUAUUUUUCCAACCCUUUUUUGUGUCGAACCCAAAGCCCACGGUCACGUGUAGUGCUUAUUAAUAAGCCUUCGCGUUUAGGAAUGAAGUGGGAGAGUAGUUGCCGAAAGAAAGAGAGAGAGAGACACCCUAUUCUUUUAUUUUUCUCUCUCUCUUUCCCUCUGUGAAGGAACGGAAGAAGGAUAUAGAGAUGGAAGAAAAGAUAAAUCUAUAUAUUGAGUUGUGAUAUGCGCGUUUUUCGGUUUCUCCUUUCUGACGCAAUCUUCUGGCGCACACACGACCAAACUUUUUGCUUCCAUGUGUAGAUCGACGGAAAGGACAUAGUAUAUAUAUAUAUAAAUAUUAUACUUAUCUCGGCGCAUCCAUCGUCCUUGUGUACAGAGAGAGCCAUGUAGAUAGACAACGCGCGGCAAUACACGUGCCGAGAUCCUGCAGGAAUUUGUUCUAAACUGACGGCAACCGAGACCUAAUUCUCUCUUGGCUUCGCGAAUUACACUUCUUAAAAGAAAAAAAAAAUGAUGGUAUACCGAAUGGGACGCAGUCAUUGCAGUGCUUUCGUAGCUUAUAAUAGCAGUGGCUGGCUGUGUGCGAUUUCUUUUUUUCUUUCUCGUCUUCUAUAAACUUCCUUUAGAGUCGAAAGCAGAAUUAUCUGCGAAGAAGGCAACCAAGACUUUUACAAAAAAAAGUAUUUUAUAUGGGACGUUCUACGUCCUCUUGACAAAGUUAAUCCGAAAUCCUCGUCAAUUCACGAUGCGUUACGAGACUUUAAUCGUCGCUCUACGGUGACCGCUGUCGAAAAUAUAACAUUGAUUAUAAUAUUUUUUCAAAAUAAUUUUUUCAAAAUAAUUCUUUCAAACGUACUCAACAUAAAACACAAAAACGAAACCUGUGUCUAUCUUUUCUUUUUCUUUUUGUACCCAUUCAAGAAUUGAAAAGGCUAUACUCGAAAAGACCACCGAUUCAUUAGACGGAAGCCGCACAUCUUUCCUGAGGAGACGCGAGAUUUGCUUUUCUUCGUGAUAUUUCUCUUCUACAGAUGCUGAAAUAUAGUACUCGGAGGCUCAAAUUUCAUAUCCACCGUUCGCGAAGCUAUAAGCUCGAACACCGGCAUUCAUGUUAUGUAAAUAUCGAUACCUGCUUCCGCUUUUCCGCCGGGAUAUGGACUCCUCUUGGCGUUUACUAUUACUAGUGGUAUCACUAUUUUUCCUUAAUUUAGCGGCGAAUGUCUUGUUCAUUUGUGAAGAAAUUCUAGGUCACUGACGCCGUUGUAUUUCUCUGUGCUCGCUUUUCUUUACCUUUCUUCUUAAAGGCAUGUGGACGUAUUGGAGCGCUCCCAGUAACGUUCCCUUGGUCUGCCACUGUAAUUAACAGAUGAAGUAUGAGAGAUUAAAAAGAGAGAGCGAGAGAGAGGAAGUGAUAGCUACGUGAUUUCUAUAGGCUGGUUGGGAGCGAAAGCAAUCUUCUCUGGCCGUUUCUGUUCAUUCGAGAGCAGCCGGUCGGUCUUUAAGUUAUUUAUAUUUAUGGCAUCCCUGUGUUUGGUUGUUUUAUUUUCUCGCUAGACCAUCGCUAAGGUCUGUAAGCGCACCCCGGGAUUUAAAGGUUCUCUUCCGCACUACGAAGCUGAGGUUUAGUCUGUUUUUUUUUUUUCCAAGCAAUUGUGCCAGCAGUGUGACGAUAUGAACGUUUUUUGUCUGCUAUGUCUCGGCGCAAGAACACGCAAUGGUAGCGCGCGAUUCGGGUUGUUGUGUUUGUGCGUGUGAUUCGAGCCAGGAAAUAUUUAAUCGCGAGUUUCCCGCGCGAUCGCACGUAUUUCCCUGCACCGCGUGUUGUACUCCGCCUAAUCCCGCGUUCGUGGCAGAUUUGCCGGCGCGGAGAUUAGCGGAAGCUUGUAGUGGAUUGCUGCUUCUUGUGCGCCCGUAGUCACGAACCUAUAUUUAAAGAAAAGAAAUUUCUGUGCAACUCGUUUUUGAGAUAACGGAGGAACUUUCCCACUUGUCUCUCGUUAACAUUUGCCCCAUAUGCAGUGCUAAAAAAAAAAAUAGACAUUUUAGGAAAAGGAAUUCUGACAUCAGCCAAACAAUGUGGAAACUAACAUUUCAGCACCUCAGUCUCGAUACAUGAUGUUAAAACAAACCACGAGCUUCUUUGAAGGCCGUGAAAAAAAAAAAAAAGGUGACGACUAAAAUCAUUAUUGAAGGAAGUACAUAAAAAUUCCAGAUGUCUCCAAAGUCCAUAGUCUGGACUGAUCCCUUUCAGCGAUAUCACUUCUAUAGAUAUACUAUAAUUGCCUAAUUCAGUGGACAAAACGCGCGUCGCUCCAGCGAGGUAUUGUGUCGAAUGCCAUGCCACGCACACGGGGUGGUGUCUCAGCAAAUGAUUCAGAUUACCGUCGCAGCUUUGGUUACAUCGUAACUGACAGAAUUAGGCAAAGUUAUGCCAUGCGGACUGCUUCUAGGCUUGUUUCUUGCCAUAACCUUUCGUGUCAUAUUUUUUUUUUAAAGCAAUGAAAUGCUUUGAAACUCGAUUUAAACUGUGAUUGUUCCUUUGCUUUCUUCCUUCCUUCUUCUUGUUAGGCGUAGCAAGUUAUUUAGUUUGGUCUCGUGACUUUGGAUGAACAAGACAUGCAGCUUUCCCCUUUGUGAUGCUCGGUGCACCGUUUGUUCCAUAAACCAUUGCGAUCCCCGGUUUGUCUCGUUUCGCUCGCUGCCCACGUGUGCAUACCACAGGCGUCGUCCCACGACGCCAAUGCACGAAAGCCAACGUGUGCCGAAAUGUUAAAUAAAAAAUUAUAAUAAUGAAAGAAAGACGACGUUAUUGAACUUGGAAUGAACACGCACGCGUAAUAAAAUUUAGGCUUUCCUAAAAAGUUCUGUACAAUACAUUAAGAUAUUUACAAAUAAAUUUUUGAAUCUAAA